AGCGCUGCUAUGGCGUUCCUCGGACCCGCGGCUCCUCCUCACACAGUGCUCGGGGCGGAGGCUAGGAGGGGGCCGAGGAGGAGGAGGCGGGCGGCCGGCCGCCGCAGCUGCAGAGCCGGGGCCAGGGGAGGCGGAGCGGGAGGCGCCGCAGCCAGCCGGACCGCCUGCAGUGCUCCCCUGGCUUGAGGGCGCGGGACGCCAGCCAUGCCUCGGUGUGGCCGCUGAACCCGGGCGCCGGCGUCCCCGCCGCUGUGCCUCGCUGCCAGGCUGCCCGCGGCGGGAGAGCGAAGCCGCCCGCCAGCCAGCGGUGGAGCGGGAGAGGGAGCGCGGGGCCGGGGAGGCGGGGAAGAUGGACCCGGUGCCCUCGUUGGGCUGCAGCCUCAAGGAUGUGAAGUGGAGCCCAGUGGCUGUGCCGCUCGACCUGCUGGUCAGCACCUACCGGCUACCCCAGAUCGCGCGGCUGGACAGCGGAGAAUGCGUGGAAGGGCUGAGGGAGAAUGACUACCUGCUGAUCCAUUCCUGCAGGCAGUGGACCACCAUAACUGCUCAUAGCCUGGAGGAAGGUCACUAUGUCAUCGGGCCAAAGAUAGAGAUCCCCGUACAUUAUGCAGGACAAUUCAAGCUGCUGGAACAAGACCGGGACAUAAAGGAGCCGGUGCAAUAUUUCAACAGCGUGGAGGAGGUGGCCAAAGCAUUUCCUGAACGUGUGUACGUCAUGGAGGAAAUCACAUUCAACGUGAAGGUUGCGUCCGGCGAAUGCAACGAAGACACCGAAGUUUACAACAUCACCCUGUGUACUGGGGACGAGCUCACCCUAAUGGGGCAGGCAGAAAUCCUUUAUGCAAAGACCUUCAAGGAAAAGUCGCGACUCAACACAAUUUUCAAAAAGAUUGGGAAACUCAACUCCAUCAGCAAGCUGGGGAAAGGCAAAAUGCCCUGCCUCAUCUGCAUGAACCACCGGACCAAUGAAAGUAUCAGCCUUCCAUUCCAAUGCAAGGGCAGGUUUAGCACCCGAAGUCCCCUGGAGCUUCAGAUGCAGGAAGGGGAACACACUAUCCGAAACAUCGUGGAGAAGACUAGGCUCCCCGUGAAUGUGACGGUGCCCAGUCCUCCACCCAGAAACCCCUAUGACCUUCACUUCAUCAGAGAGGGACACCGCUACAAGUUUGUGAACAUCCAGACCAAGACGGUGGUGGUGUGCUGUGUGCUCCGGAACAACAAGAUCCUCCCCAUGCACUUUCCUUUGCACUUGACUGUCCCCAAGUUCAGCCUCCCAGAGCACCUGGUGAAGGGAGAGGUGUGGCCGGAAACCCUAGUCCAUCACUGGCUGGGCAUCUGCCAAGAGCAGUUUGACAUCGAUGAGUAUUCACGGGCUGUGCGCGAUGUGAAAACAGACUGGAAUGAAGACUGCAAGAGCCCCAAAAAGGGCCGUUGCUCUGGCCACAACCAUUUACCCAACUCCCUCAGCUAUGCCCGUGAUGAGCUCACCCAAUCCUUCCACCGACUCUCAGUCUGCGUAUAUGGCAACAAUCUUCAUGGCAACAGUGAGGUGAACCUCCAUGGCUGCAGGGACCUUGGGGGAGAAUGGGCCCCUUUUCCCCAUGACGUCCUUCCCUAUCAAGACUCUGGUGACAGCGGGAGUGACUACCUUUUCCCAGAAGCUAGUGAGGAGUCGGUGGGCGUCCCAGGGAAGGCGGAGGUUCCCUAUGAAGAGCUGUGGCUGGAGGAAGGCAAGCCUAGCCACCAGCCUCUCACUCGCUCCCUCAGUGAGAAGAGCAGGUGUGACCCCUUGAGAGGCUCCACGCGGUCCAAAUGUGCAACUUCUUCUCUCCCUUCCCCUGCGACCCUGGGAGCCACAAUGAAGUCUUCAGAAAUCGCCCUACCUCCACCUCCAGUGCCUCCCAAAUCUGAAGCCGUCAGGGAAGAAUGCCGGCUCCUGAACGCCCCACCUGUUCCACCCCGAAGCUCCAAGCCUUUAUCCACAAGUCCCUCCAUCCCUCCUCGCACAGCCAAGCCUGUUCGGCCACAGACACGCUCUCCCAGCCCCACCCUGUCCUACUAUUCUUCAGGGCUGCAUAACAUCUGCACCACGAAGAGUGACCCAAGUCCUCCUGACAGUGCCCCUGUUUCCUGCUACCCUUGCAACCGAAUAAAGAGUGACUCUGUGGACCCCAAGUCCCCGUUUGGAAGUCCUUCUGCUGACGCUCUGGCCUCCAGACUCUCGUGGCCCAACCAUUACUCGGGAGCAUCGGAGAGCCAGACACGGAGUGACUUCCUGCUCGAUCCAAGCAGGAGCUACAGCUACCCCAGACAGAAGACACCUGGCACACCAAAGAGAAACUGCCCGGCCCCUUUUGACUUUGAUGGCUGCGAGCUCUUAGGCAGCCCGCCCAGCACAGCCUCUGCAGAAUUCAGCAGCAGCGGCGGCUCCAGUUGCCCCAAGUCCGCCAGCUACUCUCUGGAGAACUCCGAGGACCGCUCCCUUGCAGCUGGCAUGACCAAGCAGAGCAUCUCCUGCCCUGCCUUGCCCCCAAGGGCCCCAAAGCCAGUGGAACAGAGAACCACCCCUGAAACAUCUCCUUUGCCUCUGAAAAUUGAUGGUGCUGAGGAGGACCCCACCGCGGGGUCGCUGGACCUCUCCGAGGACCAGUAUUUUGUGAGAAAGGGCGCGCAGGACGUCUUCGCUGUCUCUUACCCGUUCUCAUCUCCACUCCACCUCCAGCUGGCCCCCAGAUCCUGUGGGGAUGGUUCCCCAUGGCAGCCACCUGCCGACCUAUCCGGACUCUCGAUAGAGGAAGUGUCCAAGUCCUUACGGUUCAUUGGUUUGUCUGAAGACGUCAUAGCUUUCUUUGUCACGGAAAAGAUCGAUGGGAAUUUGCUUGUUCAGUUAACAGAAGAAAUCCUCUCAGAGGAUUUCAAACUAAGCAAACUGCAGGUGAAGAAAAUAAUGCAGUUUAUAAAUGGCUGGAGACCCAAGAUAUAGGCAAAUGUCCUUGG